AUGCCAGAGAAGCCUAGAAGACGUAAAAAUAAUAAAAAUAAAAGAAAAAAUAAUAAAAAUAAUAGAAUAGAUAUUAAUAAAAAUAAUAUUGAUGAAAAUGAAACAAAUGCUAUUGCAUCUUGUUCGGGGAAUACAAAUAAAGAAUCUAGUCAGAGUAGUGCUGUAGAGACUGAGGGAUAUGCAAAUGUGGUGGCUCAGAAGUUAAUUAUUGACGCCCCCCCUGAAGUAAGUCCACCAGAUUUAGAAAGUUUAAAUAAUGUCAAUAGUCUUAAUAAUAAGGAACAAAGUGAAGAUGUCUCUUUGGCUCAGAAUUAUAUAGUAGAAACUCCAGAACAGGUUUCUACAGUUAAACACAAAUUAGAUAGUACAAUAAAAAGUAAGAGUUGUGACAACGAUGAUAGUCCUACCAUAGUUGAAAUAACAGAAGAAUCAAACGCAGAAUGUGAUAAAAAAAUAAUAAUCAUAGACAAUAAAAACGCUAUUAUUAGCAGUGAAGAAUCAAACAUUGAGUGGGAAAAUGUUAAGGAAUUUAAUUUACCUAAUGAUGAAUUCAGUUUAAUUGAAAGUGAUCUAUCAGAUAAUACGAUACCGUUAAAUAUUGCUCACUGUCAACAGACCAAAUCUUUAAGUCCUGAAGAAGAGACAUCUUUACGACACUACUUAAAAACACUCAAUCUAUCUACAAAUCCUUCAAAUUUGAGCUCGGGGGAUAUAAAAACAGAAAUAGAACACAUUAUUAAUAGCGAAAUCAAGUACAGAUUGCGAAAGAAAGGAUUAGCAGAAGAUAAUUUAUGUACACGAGCUGGACCUUCACGAUCUCUAGCUGUAAUUGAUGAGGAAGGUAGCGGUGACUCUUCUAAAACAUCACGUCGUCAGUCAUAUUUAAGUGACAAAAAAAGCGAUACUGAGGAACUCGAAGAUGAAGUGUUUGAACUUAAGCAAAAACAGUCCACUUCUAAGCAUUUAAUACCACAACAAUGUAUUCGAGUUGAUGCUAAGCUGAAGGAGCCUGAGAUAUCAGAGGCUAGAGGAGAUUGGACUGUAAAAACUAUAGAAAAAAUGACUGGAGCUGAAUUAGUUUAUUUAACAGAUUCUUCUAGCAGUACUAGCUCAAUAUACGACGCUAAUGAUGACAAUAUAUGUGAAGAUACAGAUGCAUCUGUGCGAAUCAUAACUCCAACUAUUGAGGUUACUGAUACUGAAAUAUUAUUGUCAAAUUCAUAUGUAGCUGAAAGUAAUGAUAAAAAAGAAGAACACUUAAAUAAUUCUGAUGCAUCUACAAUUUGUCCGACAUAUGAUAAAACCAUCGAAAAUAAAGAAGAUCUUGAUAGUAAAUCUAUAGACAAAACAAAUUCUCAUGAAAUCGUAGUUCUUAGUACUGAAAAUAUAAAUACUAAUUUGACUGUUAAAGAUUUAGAUGAGACUCAACAUUUUAAAUGUAUAUCGCCAAAUACUUCUGAAAAUAUUGAUACUACUUAUGAUAAUGUAUCCAAAGUUAUUCCAAAACCGGCAAAAGAAAUAGAUGAGUAUGACUUGAAAAUAAAGGUUUUAAAAUGUGAGCUCAAUAAUGCUAUCAAUUAUUUAAUCAAAGAAGUAACUGAUUCUGAAAAUAAAGAUUCCUCAAACGAUAAUAUUAUCCGUCAAGAUUCUUCUAGUAGUUUGGAUUCAUCCCAAUGCACAGCUAAAUAUAAUCCAAAUUAUUCUUCUCUUAAUGAUGUAUCUAAUAUUAUAAAUGAUGAAACGAAUGAAAAUUUUAAUAAAGAAAAUAUGGAAAUCAAUUCUAGUCACGUCAAAGAUGUUCUACAGUCAGUUUCUACAAAACCACCAAUAAAAGCAGCUUAUUAUAUCAAGACAGAUCCUGUAUCUUUAAAAGAUAUAUGCUUAAAGAAAAUUACUUCCUUUCCUUUUGGCCAUAGGAUAUUAGAAGAACUGGCUAACGUAUCUGAACGGCUACAAAAAAGCGUACUUUCGACUUCAAGUAAAAAUUUCGUAAGACAAGAUAGUUUAAGCAAAACAGUCUUACAAAAUGAAGACGUAAGUGCCUCAAUUAAAAUGUCUAAUAAUACAACUUUGCAACGUAAAGAAAAUCACGUUCCUCCUCCAAUACAACCUAGAAAAUCAUCCUUGAAGAAAACCUCAGAUGAACAAAGAAAAGGUACUGUACAAACACAGACUGAUGUAUUGUACGAAUGUUUGUCACCAUCACAAAAAAUGUUAAUGGAAAAGACUAAUACUAUUAUUGAACAAGAUGACAUGAUGCAAAAAGAUGAUAAAGCUAAGGAAAAUGUUAUUCAUUUUUCACCCCCAACAUUGUCGAAAGAGAAUAAUGUAUCUACGAAACAAGAAAUAGGUGAUCUGUCUAUGAAAUCGCAGACAGGUAGCCGCCUAUUAGCUUUAUUAUUAGAUUCUUCUUAUCCAAAUAAAUCGAUCAAGAAUUCAGUGUGCGAUAGAAAUCUAGGAGAAGUAUCUCACAAGGAAUCAUUUUCAAAACGUGCUCUAGAAGAAAUCGAUUCAGCAAAUUUUUCAGAUGCAUCUACCAGUAGCAUUAAAAACUCAUCUUUCUUAUCAAAACAUUUUAAGCCAAUACCUCCUCCAAAACCACGGAAACUAUCUACUUACUUUUAUGAAAGCGAUGACAAUUCUAAUUUUAGAGAAAAUUCAUUUGAAAGUAUGCGCAACAGUAAAAAAUAUUUUCAUUAUUCAACGGGCAAUUUAAGUAAAGAAAUAGAAAGCGAUAUUUCUUCAAUACAAAAUAUGCAUCGAUACUGUAUUAAUUUAAGAGAUGUAAAUAAAAAUCAUGUUACUCCGCGAAGACCUUCUUUACCCAAGGACUUGUGUGAUCAGCAAAUGGAAUAUAUACGUCAAAAAGAAAUAGAAGUAGAUGCAGAAAUUCAUCGCCUAGAACAGGAAAAAAAUAAAGCUGUCCGUAAUAGAGGUCCUAGGGCUCCUAUGAUAACGGAAAAAGUAAGUGGAUUUGAAGCAUAUGACUCCAAAUAUAGCAAUUUCUUCAAUAAAGACGUUUCAUACUCGACAUCCCAAGGUAUUACACACUCAGAUAGACGAAAAAUGUCUUCUUUAUUUAGUAGUAGCCAGGAAGAAUUACUUAGAGAAAAAAUGUAUUCUGAGUAUGUAAACCAAAUGGCAGAGAGAGAACAAAGAAAACAACAAAAAGUUAUAAAAAUCACCAAAAUGCCUGGAAACACUAAAAUAUCAAAAAGUAUGCCAGUGUUAGAAAACUUAGAUUCAAAAGUGAAUAAUCCUAUUGAACAGGAAUUCAUAUCAAAAGCUCGAGAAAGAUGGUAUAAAUUAGGGAUAAGGGAUCCUGAAACUGAAGACGAAGUAGAAAUUGGUAAAAAUGUGUAUAGGGAACCGAAAAUAAUAGAACAUAAAAUAAAAGUUAUUGAAGCAGGAGAAGAAAAAGACGUAAGGAAAUUACCAAAUCAUAUGCAAGAGUUUGUGAAAUUUACUGUACACGAGAAGGACAAUAGUAAAGGUGGCACUGGUGAGUCGGAAAAAGGACAAGCGUCUGCGCAUGUUGUGGUAUUUUGUGCCGUGGUAAUUUUAGUAAUAACUGUUGGAAAGUUUUUAUUAAGACUUUUUCGAAACAAG